AUGGAAAUUUAUGACGGGAUCUCGACUUUAACUCCUCCUAUGGCGACUGCAACUCAGGCUCGAAAAUUCUCCAAAUCUGGUACAUCACAAUCACCCUCUGUAGAUUCAUCCUUCAGAUACACAAGAAGAGAAAUGUAUGAUCCUAGCUUGCAUGAACUCUGGGACAGAUGUAAUGCCAUUGUUCUAGCUUGGAUAAUGAACACAAUAUCUCCUAGUCUAAUUAGUACUGUGAUUUAUGCAUCUGAUGCUCAUAAGGUGUGGGAAUACCUUAAUGAGAGGUUUGAUAAAGUAAAUGCCUCUAGAGCCUGUUAUCUACACAAGGAAAUUGCUGCACCAACUCAGGGCAUAGCAUCUGUGUUUGUGUACUUUUCGAAGCUUAGGGAACUAUGGGAUGAGUAUGAGACAGUAGCUCCUCCUCCUUCAUGUCUGAAGGAUUCCUAUGAGAAUGCAAAGGAUCAAAUUCUUAUGACAAGGCCUUUACCAAACAGAAACCAAGCAUAUGCUAUGAUAGUGAAUGUAGAAAGUCAAAGGAGAAAUGGUAGUUGUGGAAUUAAUGCUAGCAUUGGUGUUGAUGGUAAUGAUGUUAUUGCACUACUAAGCAACAGAGGAAACAACAAUGGUAACAACUCUGGUGGUGAUAACAUUAAUUACAAAGCUAGGACCAAUUACAGCUAUGGAUGGUCUGCACUUCAGUGUGACUACUACAAGCUUAAAGGUCACACAAGGUACAACUGCUACAAGCUGCAUGGAUAUCCAGCUGAUUUCAAAUAUAGGAAGAAGGGAGGCACUCCAAAUAAUUAUGCUAACAAUGUGUGUGGUGUAGGAAAUUAG